AUGGCAACCAAAGGAGAGUUGUACCUAAAAGUAAACUAUGUAAAAGGAAGAGUCGUGCUACGUGUACAGAAAGACGUCAUGGGAGCAUUCACAUGUCCCGAGGAGCUUCAAACAGACAAAAGUGGAAAGUACAACUGGCCUGAAACUACAUUUAACAAUACAGUGGACCUGCCAUGCAGUAAUGACCCAGCAGAUUCUCAGAUGACCGCUUCUCGUCAAUGUUACUUUAAUACAACACUGGGAAAGGUUGUCUGGCUCGAUAUGAAUACGACAUUAUGUCUCGAAAUUGGUCGUGAGAAAGCUUCAGAGACUUUACAGGGACUACAAGCCAUAGCGGAAGAUCCUUCGGCUCUGACUGCCGAUCAAGUGGCUAAUCUAACAGAGGAUUUGGAGAACAUUUUCACGUAUUCGCUUGAAGAUGUUGAGAUGGCUGCUACUAUGACAGAUGUAAUCAGUAACAUGUUGGAAGUCAAUGCAACUGUCUUGACAAGCAGCAACAAACGGAACAAGACCAGCGACAGGUUGAGACAUCUUUUAGAAGAUUACACGGCAAAAGCGAUUGUACCAAAAACCAGCAUCAUCAACAUAAGCAGCUCCAACAUUAAUAUGAUGGUGAGGAAUAUCUCAGUACUUCACGGGAACUUGGAUAGUAACCAGACAUAUGAUUAUGAUCCUUAUUUUGACCAAGGCAGUCAAGCAAUGCCUGAUAAUAACAUGUUAAAGUUCAGAAUCCCCCUGUCAGUCCUUCAACCAACGGACAAUGUCACUAAAAUAACCAAUGAACGUGUACAAUUGAUCGCUUACAACAAUGCAAAAUUUUUCAUGGUUGAAAAUCAAGCUCAACUGGAUUAUCUGGACAAACAGAAAGUAAUUUAUGUAAAAAUCAAAGACAGACAAUUGAAGAACCUUACCACUCCUGUCAGUUACAUGAUGUCGAAUGUUGAACCUGGAAAGAACAACACUUGUGUGUUCUGGAAUACUCUUAAUAGCACUUGGUCAACUGAAGGACUAACUACCAAAUAUAUUGACCCGAACAUCACUUUGUGUGAAUCAACUCACCUGACAAGCUUUUCUGUACUUCUAAAUACUUCCCCAGGUGAACUGUCUGAAAUCCACCAGAAAAUUCUGAGCUACAUAUCCUACAUUGGAUGCAUCAUUUCCAUUGUUGGCAUUCUUCUUACCAUUAUCACAUAUGGUCUCUUCGGAUGUCUUCAUGGUGACCACUCCGGUAAAAUCCUGCUGAAUUUGUGUACGUCGAUGUUACUGCUGAACAGUGUGUUCCUUGUAACGAGCCAAGUCGAUUCCAUGAAGACAGAAGAGUCAGCAGAGGCAUUGUGUUUCACUCUCACCAUACUCUCACAUUUAUUUCUGUUAACGACACUUGCCUGGAUGUGUGUAGAGGCCUUCAAUAUGUACCAGCUUCUUGUCACCGUGUUCAGCAUAUACCACAGUCAUUUCAUGUUAAAACGAAUGUUUGUCGCCUGGGGUUUCCCUGCUCUAAUUGUCGCCAUAACUCUUGCAGUAGACUUGAAGAAUUACAAGACACCGCCGGAAUACUGUUUCCUCUCGCACGGCAACAGAACGGCAUUCUACGCAGCUCUUCUGGCACCGGCAUGCAUUAUACUGUCCAUCAACUCGCUGGUUUUUGCAAUGGUUACUAAAGUUAUAAUGAAGCCUAAAUUCAAAAAUAAAAAUCAAUGUAAUUCUCCAGUAACAAUGGUCCAAGUCCGUGGAUGCUUCACUGUAAUGGUUCUUCUGGGAGUAACCUGGCUCUUUGGUCCUCUGGCUGUAAAUGAAAUUAAACUUGUCUUCAACUAUUUGUUUUGCAUCUUGAAUUCUCUACAAGGAUUCUUCAUCUUCGUGUUCCGGUGCCUUUUAAAUCCUGAGGCAAAAAUGGCAUGGAUCCAGCUCAUAAAGAUGGGAACCCUGAAGAAGAAGAAAGGACCACGCAAAUCUGUUGAUAGUUCUUCGAACGGGAUGUACGGCGGACCACUAGCUAAUCGAUGGAGUCAAAAGACAAUGACGAUCGAUAUCAGAGAAAGCGCCAAUCUUAAACGAUCGGUAAGAUCAAGCAACGGAAGUGUUAUUAAAAACAAUCCAGCAAAAAAAUAUGGCAGCGGCGACUGGGAAGAUAAAAAUGGCGACGCCUAUCAGUGAAGCAGUCUUCGUAUGAUGAUGUUUUGUGGUGUGUAAAUAAUGAUGUUGAUAAAGUAAAAAAACAAAAAAGACUUGGAGAAUAUUCAAAAGGUAGUAUAUCAUAAACUCUAUUUAUCAUACUGAAACAUUGUUGUCGAAUGAAUUUAAGAAGAAAAAAAAUGAUGUAAACGCAUUCCACUAUCAUUCACCUCAACUAAACAAAUAAACAAGUUUUUUCUGUAGGUAAGAAAAAAAAAUGUUAACUGAAUUUCUGGUAGAAAACUAUAAAAGUGAAUUUGCUUCAUCAAGAUAAAAUGACAUAACUUUCUAAUAAAAAAAUGACAGAUAAAAAAACGACGUUGAUAUAACCAUUCUAUCUGAACACAAUGUGUGUGUGUGUGUGUGUGUGUGUGUGUGUGGUGUGUGUGUGUGUGUGUGUGUAUGUGUGUGUGUGUGUGUGUGUGUGUGUGUGUGUGUGUAUUUCAAGUAUUUUCCAAUUGACAUAAAAAUUUAGCAUUACUUGGUAGAAGCUGAUUCUAGCUUUAAAAAAACAUUUGCUUUCAACAUGAAACGGUUACAUUUCCUACAUAAAGCAACACAAAGAAGUGACAACAAGUGGAACUUAUAAUAAUAAUAAUCUACUUUGAUUUUAAUAUCCCUGGACUAACAUAAGGCGGUGAACUGGCAGAAUCGUUAGAACUCCGUUCAAAAUGCUUUGCGGCAUUUCGUCAGGUUUUACAUUCUAAAUUCAAAUUCCGCCGAGGUCGACUUUGCCUUUUAUCCUUUCGGGGUCGAUAAAAUAAGAACCAGUUGAACACUGGGGUCGAUGUAAUCAACUUAGCCUCUCCCAUCCCCCAAAACCUUGCUGGCCUUGUGCCAAAAUUUGAAACCAACAUUCUUGGACUAACAAUUUUUUGGAACUACCGAUAAAAUGACAUUCCACGUCUCCUUGCGCGAAUCAUUAUAACUAACGGGUGUUAGUCCGUCUCAGUAGGAUAACAUUCUUUCAAUUACUUAUGACAUUUUCUAGUAAUAUAACAAGGGAGGGGAAAAUCCGUGUAAAAAUUAUUUAUUGAAAAGUUUAUUUUCUCUUGAGAUGUAAAAUUUGUAAAAAACAAAAUUAUUAUAAAUCGGUUGUGCACGUGUUAACAACACGCUUAAAAUCAAUAUGGAAUAAUCGGUAAAUAUCAAAACAUUCAAAAUUAUCCAAAUUUAUGAGUUUUCUUUAAAAACGUGAACUCUUUCCUUUAGAUGUAAAUAUUUCUACAGGAAAAUUAUUUUUGCAAACCAAAUAACAAAUAUAUUAAAACAAUGUAGAGAAGGAAAUUCAUGAAAAAUAUCUAUAAAAAACAUUGAUUAUCGAAGCAUCUAGGAAUAACAAAAGGUGGUCAAAAAUUCAUUGGUGAUGAAAUAAAUUUAUCAACACUUCUAGAAAUUGAAAAUAAGUUUUAUGGUAAUUUAUGAAAGUACUUUAUGAAUUUAUGAAAAUCCAAUUCGACAACCGGUCCAGACAUGAAGUAGUACAGAACUUAUGAAUUUGUCAGGAAAAUUUUUCUAAGAAGUUUACGCGAGGAGAAAUUUAGAACAAACGAAUAAAUGACGUAGUGAAAACAUCUAUGAAUAUGAUAUAUUGGACAAUAUAACCUGGCACCUGAAAACGACGUGGUAUUAAAAGAUAUUGAAAUAUGUAUAGAUGAAUGAAGACAGGUUGAGAGACGCUUUUCUGAUAUUUUUCUAAAUUGUGCCUCAUUUGAUACUCAUCCUCAGAUUCGACACAGAAGUGAAAAUGAGUCUGUGUGUGUGUCUGUGUGUGUGUGUGUGUGUCUGUGUGUGUGUUGAAAAGAUGAAACUUACCCAAAACGUUUUCUGAGAAUUCUCUCUCUCUCUCUCUCUCUCUCUCUCUCCUCUCUCUCUCUCUCUCUCUCUCUCCCUCUCUUUCUCUGUCUGUCUAUCACUAUUGUGUCUCUCCAUUUGGACAAAAGUCAUGUAUAAGUCUGGCAUGACUCGAACUUUCAGAAGGGGUGUGAGUCCGGUCGUGCUCCGUCACCGACGGAUAAAUCGUAAAUUCUCACUAACCUCACCAUUAGACCGCGAUUUUUGCGGAGAAAAAAAGAAAAACCAUGGAAACCUUCGAAAGAUAAAGCUCGUGGUUUUCGUUUGAACCAUUUUACCAGAGAAAUAAUAAACUGUUGUUUAAAGGUCAAGAA